AUGGUGUAACAUUUGAAUUUAAUAUAAUUGAUUAUUGCAUAUUAAUAACCUUAAGAUAAUAAAUUAUAAUAAAUAAAUUAAUGUACAUCAAUUCUUUCCUAAAAUAAUAAAACUUGGUGGACCCACACAUCUCUUGUACCAACCUAGACUUAGGAUAAGGUGACUUCAUUGGUGAAUGGAGUGGGAAGCUUUUAGAAUAAGGCAUCUCUAAUUUCGACAUAUUUGAGUUUAGAGGCAGUCAAUCGUAUCCCAGUUGCUAAGAAGUUGGCAAUUUAUUUCAAGGCAGGAAUUGUCGGUGCAGUAUUUUUGGGGUCAAGAAUAGCAGCAGCAUCGAUUUAUUAGAGAAAUGUUCAAGGAGAGAUUGGGAAGGUACUUGAUGGAGCACCCAUUUGGGAGAAUAAGUUCGACGUUCCCGAGUUGGACAAGAAGUUCUUCUUCAUUGAUGAUGAUAAUAAUUUUGAACCCUCAUUAUGGCAUCAUGGAAUCAACUCAAUUGAGAAGCCCAAGGUAUUCUACAAACAUGAGUGAAUUUUAAUCAUUUAAUGGAUAAAAUUUAAAAUAAAAUUA